CUCAUUUGAGGGUAACACACAGUUCCAACACUAUACUACAAUACUGCUGUCAUGUUCUGGCACUUGAAAGUCCUCUCAACUCUCCUUUGUUUGCUGUUACCUCUUCAGAAUGCAAGAAUGACACCGGUUUGUGAAAAAGGUGAGUUCCUCAAUUACUCUAAAAAUAAAUGCGAGCCCUGUCCAGACAAUCAAUACCAUUCAAAAAGGGGAACAGAAAUUUCCUGUGAUAACUGCAGCACAUGUAAAAAAGGUAGUGAGGAAGUCUCAGAGUGCACACCAACCAGCGACACUCGUUGCAAGUGUAAGACAGGUUUUAAGCCUAAGGAUGUGCUAAAUGAAGAGAUUUGCUUUUGUGAUAAGGGUUUUGGACUGGAUAAGACAGGAAACCGAUGCACGAAAUGUAGCAAUGGCUUUUUCACCGACAAGGUUGACUCGAUCUGUCGAAAAUUGAAAGAAUGUAAAAGUGGAAUUAAGAUCCCAGGCAACAGCACCUUUGAUGCUGUCUGUGAUGUAACAACAGAGGUGACUGAAGUUCCAAAAGCCAAUACCAAAUCCUUGUUUCAGACGUCCAUCAUAUCUUCUACUACCUCUACAAGCACUUCUACUACCUCUACAACCUCCUCUCCCCCAAAUACAGACAGCUUCUACAUCUUGUGGCCGGUUAUGCUAUAUCCUGGUAUUAUUCUGCUGAUUGGACUAUUGUACUGCAAAGUCACUCAGUGCAUUCAUAACCACAAGAAAGACGCUUCUCGACAAGAAAGUGUAUGCAGGAAGCCUGUUGAAGAAUCUGGGGAGAAGUGCCUCUCCUUGCUUGUCUAACACAGUCUUUAACAUCUUUAAUAUUUCUUUUUGUGGAAUAUUUUGGGUAGCAUUUUAUAUCAAUAUUCUCUUUGUUAAGGGUUUACAAAUGGGUAAAUUAAUGACUUAUAACUCAUUUACAAAUCCAUUAUAAGCCAUUGAUAUGCGGUUAUAACAACCUGCAUAAAAAAUAUGACUUUCAUGCAAUACCUGCCAAAUAGUGAGCCAUUUAACCUCACUUGUUAUAAAUGCUUAGUUGUAUUAGUAGUAACAGUAGUUGUUAUAUAACUGAAAUUCCUUGCAAACUCAGACAUAGUAAAUUCUGCUUAUUAUAAUUGUGUUGUCAACUUAAAUUGUAGAGGAAGUCUUUCGGAUUUCGGAUUUUCUUUCUAAUUAUUAUUAUUAUUAUUAUUAUUAUUAUUAUUAUUGUUGUUGUUUAUAUUUUCUGUCAAUAAGAAAUGCAGCAUACUUUAGUGUUUGAUUAAUAUCCAUUUGAAUUCAGAUGAAUUUUUAAAAAAAUUACAGAAUUGAUUUCAAUUCAUUACUGUAAAAUUAACGUGGUAAUCUGCUUACUGAUUAGUCUGAUUAGUAAAUCUGAACUGUGAACUUCACAUUGCCCGAGUUGGCACAGCAGUUGAGAGCUGUAGGUAGACCGAUGGAUGCUGUGACCAUAUAGUCAUUUCCACCAGUGCCACAGUUGUUUACUACAGACUUGUCCUCUGGUGACUCAUUGGUUCCUGAGAGAAAUAUGACAAAUUAUAAUAGUUUCCCAUAUUUAGGUGGGCAAAGGACAACUUCUUUUCUUAUUAUUUUUUUUUUUUUUUUUUUUUUUUAUAGCCUCAUUAUGUGGGUUUAAUUUUGUUUCUAUGAAAUGAAAAUAAAUAAAUUGUGUAU